CAGGUGGUAAACAGUAAAGAUGGCGGCCUCCAUGAGGAGAGCCGCACACGAUAUAGAGACUCGAAAAAGGACAGAGGACGUGCUUCUGGCGGAGGGGAUUGACUUCAGCUCACUGCUGUUGUCUCAGCCGGUGUUGGACGGACUGUCCUCUGCGGGGUUUCAGAAACCGUCCCCCAUCCAGCUGAAGGCGAUCCCUCUGGGCCGCUGCGGACUCGAUUUGAUUGUGCAAGCCAAGUCUGGAACAGGGAAGACCUGUGUUUUCGUCACGAUUGCGCUGGACUCUCUUGUCCUGGAGAAUCCGUCCACUCAGGUUCUUGUUUUGGCUCCGACGCGGGAGAUUGCUGUGCAGAUCCACUCAGUGGUGAUGGCCAUUGGCUGCGCUAUGGAAGGCCUGGAGUGUCAUGUUUUCAUUGGGGGCAGGCCUGUGAGCCAAGAUAAAGCCCAUCUGAAGAAGUGUCACAUAGCUGUGGGCUCCCCUGGUCGCAUCAAGCAGCUUAUUGAACUUGGCAUGUUGUCCACUGCCAGCGUCAGGCUCUUCGUUCUGGAUGAGGCAGACAAGCUGCUUGAGGAGGGCAGCUUCCAGGAUCAGAUAAACUGGAUCUUCUCCUCUCUGCCGGUCAAUAAGCAAAUGCUUGCACUCUCUGCCACUUACACCGAGUCCCUUGCUCAACACCUUACCCGCUACAUGAAUGAGCCAACUUUUGUUAGACUCAAUCCCAGUGACCUGGGUCUUAAAGGCUUAAAGCAGUUUUACAAGCUGGUGCAGUCCCAUCCGCUACCUCACAAAAUUUUUGAGGAGAAGGUGCAGCACCUAAUGGAGCUGUUUAGUAAAAUCCCAUUUAAUCAAGCCUUGGUGUUUUCUAACCUUCACACAAGGGCUCAGCACCUAGCAGAUAUCCUGUCCUCAAAAGGGUUACCUGCAGUUUGUAUUUCAGGUGGUCUGAGUCAGGACCAGAGACUUGAGGCGAUGUCCAAACUGAAGCAGUAUCAGUGCAGAGUGCUCAUCUCAACUGAUCUGACUUCUAGAGGUAUAGAUGCAGAGAAAGUCAACCUGGUGAUCAAUCUGGAUGUGCCCCAGGACUGGGAAACCUACAUGCACAGAAUCGGACGGGCUGGGCGGUUCGGCACUCAGGGGAUGGCCGUGACCUACUGCUGCUAUGGAGAAGAGGAGAACAAAAUGAUGGCCAUUGCUCAGAAGUGUGGCCUCAGUUUGUCAGCUUUACCAUCCGUCUUGGACGCGGGCUUGAUGGAUGAGCCAUGUGACUGGGACAUAUGCUCCGAGGCUGCCGCUCCAGACAGUGCCUCUCAGCUGGUUUCCAGAACUACAAAGAAAAAGGGUUCUAACACCAGAGCCCCAGUGACUGAUCCCAACUGGAAUAAAGCUGGAGAGUCCAGCAGUCAGACGAGGACAGAGAAAACCCACACAGCAGCCCUGACGUCACAGAAUGGAAAAGGAAGUGAAAGUCGGAUGGAUUCCUCCAUAAAGGAGAGUUUGCAGCAUGGUCCUUCUCCUGUGCAACCGACUCGGAAAGAGCUGCAAGAUGCUCUGCCAAAGAUCCCCCCCCUCAGCUCCUUCAAGAACAGCAAGUGGAAGUUUUUGACGUUUGAGGAGGCUGAGCUGGACUUCCGAUCUUUCAUUACCACAGGUUUAGGGAGGACAGUGGAGAUCAUCAGGGAGUUCAGAGGCGGAGAGGGCAGUGAUCAGGAUGGUCACAAUGAGUGUGUCAUGCUUCAGGAUGAGGGAGCCGUAGUUUUGACCCAACGAGCCGAGCGGCCGCAGUCUGUGUCCAAUUCCUACAGCUCCCACUCUAAUGGAAACGAUGAUGUCAAACCUAAAGCUCCCCAGAAGUUCCAAGUAGCUGAACAGAAGCAAGUUUUAAAACAUGCUACUGGAACGGCAUCCACUGAGCUGAAACCCUCUGCACCUGUAAUAUAUGACCAGGAAACCUGCGCUACAAAUGUAGGGGUUGCUUUUCAGCCUGAGAGCAAAAAACCUCUAAGAAACAGAACAGCCAAUCAGAACAGUCCUGAUAUCACUGCCAGGGAUAAGUCCAAAAAAAUAAAAAAAGACAGCAUAAAGUUACCAGAGAGGAUUAAAAAGGAGCGAAAGAGGAAGCCUGAUGAAGACGAGUUAAUGGAGACCGAAGAGGAGUGGAGUUCUGACGCCUACUGGAAAGCCUGCUACGAAGCCUGGAGCCAUUACUAUUCUGCUCUGUCUGCUUCUCCAGAGCACGGCUACCAGAGCUACUACAGCGUCGCUAACAACUGGAUGGCCGCUUAUCGCAUGAAUGAAAUCUACAUGCAGGAACUCAUGAAACACUAAACCAGCAUUUCCACUCAUUUUGGGAUCUAUUAUUAAAAUGUGUUCCAUCA